GCAGGGCUGCUACUGCUACCAGUGGACAGAGCGGCCAGUGCUGUCCUUCAGUCAUGCCAUACAUGUCCCACCAGACAGCAGGACGAACACUAACACAGUCCUGCAGCGAUGAAGACAAGUGACUCGAAGGGCAUCCUCAUUUUGUUUUAAUUUGUACUGAGAAAAGGAAGACAUACACAGGAGUAGAUUAUCUCCAGUGAAAUGCCUGCUUUGGCCUCAAAGGGGAGCAUACACACACGCAGGAGAGAGGGAGAAAGACUGUGUGAAAUGUAAAUGAAGAGCUUAGCAUAGACAGCAUCGCCAUAGCAAUAGCAGGGACUCUCUGGGAUGCCGGCUUCAAAUGAAGGAGAUUUUUAAAAACUUUUUAUCGGGAGGAUUGUAGUGUAGGUAGGUACUCCCCCCAUCUGAACCCCCCCCCCCUCCACCAAUUCCCCCAGCAUCCCCCCACACGCCUGGACCUCCCUCUGUAUCAAAGCAAUCAGACUUCUAUCCAUCUGUGGUACCAAGGGAUGAAAGCCGCCGUUCUCUCCCACUCACCCACCCCCCUCUCCUUCAUCUCAAGACGUGAAUGUGGAUUGUGAAUGGACAGAGCCCCUGCCUGGGGCGGAGAUUUCCAAGACUGUAAUUUAUUUGUUGUGUAUUAUAAAAUCAAUUAAUAAGUGGAUCCAUGUGUCUGGCUCAGUAACACAACUGAAGUUGACAUGUGAUGUUUAUAUGAUUAGAGCGGGGAUAAGUUAUAUUCGUCUGAUUUUAAAUGGCUUUUAAAAUAUUAAAAAAAUAAUUGUUUUUGUUUUAUUAUUAUUAUUAUUUUAUUUUGAGUUUCCUUGGAGUUAAGCCCCACCUAGGGGUUUCUUUCUAUAUCUUUUUUUAAUUUGCCUUGUGCUCGUGGUAGCCUUUUUGCCUGCUGUUGUGUUGCUGUAGUGCCAUCUAGUGAUGAAGAAAGUGAAUUACUCCACUCUGCUGCAAACCCGUGUCUGCUCUCCUCUGCUGACACCCCUACCCCACCCCCCCUCGUCGUGAAGCAGCCGUUUAGCCCUAACCCCCACAGCCCUGGAAGUGGUAGUAGUGAAACAGUAAGACUGCUUUUUAGCACAUACACGUGUAAAACUCUUUCACUCGACUUCCAUAUACAGACUCGUUGAAAUGCCUCAUGGGAGAAGUGUCUGUGUUGUUACCGAUAAGUGAUGCCCGUGUCCUCCUCAUCUUUAUUCUGUCCGCGUUGGAGUAGCGGUGCCUCGUGGAGAGAGGGGAUUGAAGGCGCUGCAGAGAAUGCUUGCAUAAGGCACCUCUCUCAAACACACGCUCACCUGCUGUAACACGAAGCUGCAGGCUGUCUCUCCCUGGUCUUAAUUGAGCUACAUGGAAGAGCAGUACCAGAAAACACACACACACACACACACACACAUACUCGCUCUUUCACAUAUAAAUACACACACUCUUGCUCUUUCACACACACCAACACACAUGCACAUUACACACACUCACUCACACACACACACCUUUUAAACAGGCGUGUCAUGUUUCGCUGAAGGCCAGGCUGCUGUCACUGUGUGAUUAGGUACAGCCUUAUCCCUCUCCCACGACCCGAGUUUCAUAAACAGCCACUCAUGGCAAUCGAGGGGUGAUCACAGGGCAGCGUCGCCAGCAGGUGUGAUUUCAGGUCAGGACCACUUCCACAGUGGUGUGCUUAGCUUGUCCCAGCCUCCCAAUGCAGAUCCCACCGCCCCAACUGGAUCUGUGGUGAGCUUCCCCCCCCCCCCCCCUUCUUUUUUUAUGGCCGUGCCCUAACAAUAUGACAUUGGACAGAGCUGUGCUUUUUGUCAGCAUUUAGUGUUCUGCUUCUACUUUAAUUGGACUUAUUCCCAAGCUGUAAAAAGUUAUUUGUUAUUUACAGUUCCUUUAUUAUAUAAACUAUUCCUCUGACGCACGGUCCUGAGGAACUGCACAGACUUCAGGCUUAGAUGUACCACAGGAGCGGUUUGAGACAUUAGUUUGGUUCUGUUCUAGGAAUCGUGGGAUAUGUUGGCUCCUUGCAAACUCUAGUCAACAAUGCCAGUGAGCAAGAAGCUACCAUUUAUUUCCCCCUUAAGAACUCCCAACUCAGAUGCACAAAAACCUGAUUGGUAUAAUGGCACCCAACCUGCAAUUGCUUUGCAUUAUAGUUGUUGCUUAUCAGGAAGUGAACUGGGGAGUAUUAAGAGCUAUGGUGUCAUGAAGUGUUAUAAGAGUGGUCCUCUCUAUCCAACACUCUCCACAAGUGAGCAAUGUCUAAGUUCUGUUUAUGUUUUUUGUUUUCAUUCCUUUUAAAGACAUGCACAUUACAAAUAAGAAGUGUUCUAUAUUUGAAAUAGUACUGUUUACGUAUUCUGUCAGUUAGCAUUGUAAAGUGUAGAAUUUCAAAAAGACACAAUGUUUGCGGUGAUUUGCAGUAUUAAAGUUUCUUAAAUAAACAAGAUAAUGACUUCAGGUGCUGUAAUUUUUCCUUGUUUUGUAUAUUUUAUUUCUCAAGUGAUUGCAGGAUUGGAGUUUCUGUUUUUAGUUUUAGUUUUUUCCUUUGCUUGCUGUCUGCCAUAAGUUGUAUCCCCUGCCGUUGCUUACUGGGCUAAUAAAUUAAUACAAUAAAAAUUAAUUUAUAUGCCAACAGGUGAAUUGA